AUGCUCUCUAAAUUUGUUGUAGUUGAAGUGAGCAAUACCAACAACACAAUGACACUUGUCGAAUACUUGGUAACACAUGGUUUCGACAAGUUCGCAGUGGUAACCGAUUUGAUGGAUCACCCCUCAUUCAAAUUCAAAGACGGAUCUUCAAGUCCUGAAUCUCCUUCCACAACUGUAUCCACUGCGGCCCAACACACUCCACCACGAACGGCGGUGUCAACGCCAACAUCGAUGUCUACUCCAGUUCCACCACAGAAUAACAAACCACGUGCAUCGAUCGAAUCCAUUGCAAAAGCUUUAUCGACAAAGAAGGCAUCUCCUCCAGCGUUGGAGAAGCAAAAACCACAUCAGAUGCCACCGUUCAACAUGUUCCCACAUCUUGCCAACCCACAUGCAAUGUCACAACUUCAGAAGUUGCUUGAGGAGCAACACAAAGCUUCGAUUCAGAAGAAAGAACAAGAGAGACAGCAAGCUGAGAUUCAUCGGAUCAUUCUUCAACAUGCAUCGCAGCUCAAUCAAUCGUUUGGAAUGGAGAGGUUAACGCCAGAAUACGAAGACAAUCAACAUAGUGAGACGAUUUCGAAAGCGAGUUCCGAAGACUUGAAGGCUGAACCAGAUUCAUCCGAUUUCGGACUUGGAACCAGUGAUGAGCAAAUCCGUGCUUCAAUGUUGCAUCUUCUGAACCCAGGAAUUUCAUUUGGAGGAAUCGAUUCGGAGAACUAUUUCGGAACUGCUUCAACCCCAUCGACGCCCGGAACCAAGAGAAAAAAUGGAGAGCCAGGAAGUGUGCCAUCAAAGAAACAUCGUUGGCUCCCAGUCAAUGAGCUAGAAGAAAGCAGAUCGUCGCGUGGAAAAAACUGUGGAAGAGUUCAUUGCAAAGCCACUUAUAAGUGUGCUCUCUGUGGAAAGCCAACUACUCUCAACUCGACAGGAUCCCGAUGGAACCUUCUUCGUCACGUUAUUAUGAUCCAUUCGGAUGCUAAGCCAUACAAGUGCUGGGACUGCGACUUCACCGGAAUAAAGUCGAACGUCAUUUCCCAUGCCAGACAAUGCCGUCAUCGCGCAGACGACGCCAACGAUAUUACAACCGACGAAAUGCGUGCCGAAUGGAAUCUACGCCUCCACGAAUGCUUCCCAGACUAUGUGCGUGCUAAAGAGCGUGGAUGGCAACCAGAGGAGUCUCUUGAGAAAAAGGCAGAGGAGGAGGCCGCUCCGACUCUUGUCAAAUCCGAGACGGUCGAGGAAUUGAUGGAGCCUAUCAUCAAGCUCGAAGCUCCAAUUUCUCUUUCCUAG